AUGUGUUACAGGUCGUUUCCGAGCGAGAGACGCCUUGAGCUGGACGUGUGGUUCCCCGUGCUGGACAUGAGCUUCAAGUACAACGUGUCCGGCAAGGUACUGGUGCUGCCACUGGACGGAGCGGGUACGGGCACAAUGAAACUCGAAAACGUGACCAUCAACUACAGAAUAAACUACGAAACUUACAGAAAAGGUGAUACUGACUACAUUAAAGCAGCAGUGGCGCAAUCCAGAGGUGAAAUUGGUCACAUGGCACUUAACCUGCAGAAUCUGUUCAAUGGAGACAAGUUUCUCGGGGUUAGGGAACGGGAGGAGAGAGGGGAACAGAAUGUGACACCCACCCCACCCGCAGAACAGUGCACUGGACACGCGUCUUCUACAAGAUCUGUUUACAGCAACUUUAAAAGUAAAGAACAAACGGAAUGA